GGGGGAAAAAGAAUCAUAGAAAAAAAAAAAACUCCCAAAUCGAAACCUUCCAGCUCUCUCCGCAGCCAUGCCCAGCCAUCCUGCCGGUGCUGUGCUGCUGGCGCUCGCCCUCUGCGUCCUCCUGGAAGACGGUAUGGGGCAGCCUCCCCUGCAGUCCCACCUCGGCGCGGCCGCGCACCUGAGAGCCAAGCGGUGCUCCUGCAACAGCUGGCUGGAUAAGGAGUGCAUCUACUUCUGUCACCUGGAUAUCAUCUGGGUCAACACACCUGGGCACACUGCUCCCUAUGGCCUGGGCAGCCCGCCACGACGGCGCAAGAGAUCGCCUGGCAGGUGCGAGUGCUCGCGCUCCAGAGAUAGCAUCUGUGCCAACUUCUGCCAGGAGGAGCCCAGGUACCUCCAGAGCCUGAGGCUCCCAACGAGCUCUGGAGCAUCGACAAAGGCUCCACAGAGCAGCGAUGUGAAGCCUUCCCAGCACAGCCUGUUGAGAGCCCUCAGGGACCUUGCUGUCUCCCGCCUGCAGUUUGGCAAGCAGCAGCACCGUGCUCAGCGGAGUGCUCCACCAGCAGUUUUGCCUUGGAAGAAGAACAUUUGGAAGAAGAAGAGAUAAGGAGCAGGCGCAAAUCAAGUUUGCCAGAAGAAUCUGGAGUUCCGUGGGUGCCGCUAACUCCGCUGUUGGUAGUUAGAGCUGAAGGAAAGGCCAUGAGUGGAGGGGGGAAGAAGUGGAAGUCUCCAUGCUCCCAUUGCGUGAACGAGUACUGCAUGCACUCCAGAGACUGUUAUAAAGGGAAAUCAGUGUCUCUCUAUACAGUCAUAGACGUGUCGUGGAGCUGAAUUGUGCCUUUUUGGAUCAGGCAAGGGUCUUGCUGGUAGAGCACUUGCUUCACUCCGCACUGGAGCCCAAGGCAGACACUCAGCUGCUGCAGGUGGUUGAAUCACCAACAAAACCCAAACAGCCACGUGCCGUCCAGACAUGGCAGCAUCGAGUGCCUGCAUCACUGGUCUGCUCUGCCCUUGGACCGUGUCUGAGCGUGGGUCCACUCGGCCCUCCCUGACAUGGUCUGGCUGCUGUAGAUGGGGAUAAGCUGCUUCUGGGCCCAGCGUUGCACUUUUUUCACUUAUCAGUGCGAUGUGCAUAUGAAUGAGACUCCUGUGGUCAAACAGUUCCAUGUGUGUAUAUAUAUAUAUAUAUAUAUAUAUAUAUA